UGAUGUUCUCUGUUCAGACUCUCUUUACUCUUGCGCUGGUCAGUUCAGCGUCGAUGUCUGACCUGCCAUUGUCUGUAAAUCAACAAGAACAAGGCAGUUUCCUCUUAGCGUCUGUUGGAGAUAACAUCACCCUACCUUGUCGUUCUGCAAAAAAUGUUAAGGAUGGAGCUAGACUUAACUGGUACAAACAAAAAUUGGGCAUGAAGCCAAUGGUCAUCUGUUCAUACUAUAAAUAUGACCAAAAGAGUGAAUUUUAUGGAGAAUUUCUCAGUGACAAUCGUUUCCAGCUGGAUAAUGACAAUGACAAAAAUAACUUACACAUCAACAACAUAAACAUCUCUGAUUCUGCUGUUUAUCACUGUGUGCGAUCCUUUUUACACCAAAGUGAGUUCCAGGAAAGUGUCACUGUGAUUGUGAAGAGUUUGAGCCCAACAGUUGAAGUCCGUCAGUCUCCACAUGAGGAAACAGAACCAGGAAAUAAUGUGACUCUAAACUGUAGUGUCCAGACUGAGAGGUGUGAAGGACAGCACAGGGUUCACUGGUUCAAACAGUCUGAAGAGUCUGCAGCAGGAGUCCUGUACAGUCAUGGAGGAGGUCGUGUGGGUGAUGGGUGUAAGAAUGAUGAAAAAAGUGCAACCAACUCCUGUGUGUACAGCCUCCCCAUACACAAUGUGAACUCAGAGCAGACUGGGACCUACUACUGCGCUGUGGCCGCCUGUGGACAAGUCCUGUUUGGGAACGGGACCAGGAUCACAGUAAAAAGUGUCUCAGACAGUAUGGUUUAUGUUCUGAGUGGAGUUUCCAUAUUCAGCACCAGCCUGGUCGUUUUACUCACAUUUUGCUUCUGCGUCCAAAGCAAGACAGACACAUGCAUGAGAAAUUCUACAAUAAAGACUGAGGAUUUCUCCAAACUUGUCCAGUACAAGACCACAGAACAGAUGAACAGAAGGAGCAGACACACACCUGACACAUGGACUCAAUGUGUCUACUUCUGUGGCAAGAAGUAAAAGGGAAAAAAAAAUAUAUUUACAGAUAUGUUGCCAUCAUAGACUGUAUAUGAAAGGAGCUGUCACACCUUGACGAUUUAGCCAGCGUAUGCCAACAUGAAAAAUUUGGCAAAUACCCUGGUGUAUGUCGGGUAAGUUCUAGGUAAGUUUAGUAUAAAUUCUGAGCACGCUGAAGCACGCUGGCAUACGGCGACGUACGGCAAGGUCAUCGGAAAAUUUUGAGCAUGCUUAAAAUUUCUCGCCAUAUGUCAGUGUGUGCUUAUACGUCCUGCAUAGGUGGGCCAUAAGUUGUAGGUAAGUUAUCCGAACAUUGACACACGUUCACACACAUUAAUUGUAAGUUAGUCAGAAGUCCAAAUACACUGAGAUAAUGUCUCGCAUACCCAUGCCCAUAAGUAACGUGUUUUGAACCUGUGUGUAACUUAUAUCCAACUUACCUAAAACACAUAUUGACGUAUGCAGAUGUAUUUGACAUGUUCCAGACGCCAACAGAACUUACUGAACGUGUUUCUAACUUGUAGCUACUGUAUAAUGGCGUAUUGGCAGUGUUUAGGGAAAUUAGUUUAUAACAUUGGGGAGGAAACCGUCAGUACUCCUCCAGAUUAAUGGUUAGCAGAUCAGGUGGUAACAACCGCUACACAUAUCGUCUGGCAAGGCUGACACGAGAAGACAUAGUAGCUGUCCUCCAACAUCAGCAUGAUCUCACUGAUUUGACACUGUGCCAGUUGUGUGCCAGUAUGGCCAGGAGAAGAAGAGAUUAACGGUGAAGAAGGAACUGGGUGACACCAUGAAUCGGGAGUUAUGAAGUUAUGAAAGCAGUUAUGAAUCAUCGAGCAGCAGCCUUUUUAUAUACUGCCAUGCGCUGUGCAUAAGUUAAA